AUGCACGUGAAACGCCCGCCGCUCGCCCCCGACGACGACGAGCUCCUCGAGCGCCGUGGCGGCGGCGAGCACGGUGCGGAGCCAGAGGUAGCUGGGGCUGUGGAGCGCGAGGUGCAUCGCGCGCACGGACGCGAGCGGGAGGUGCGAGGGGAGGCCCUGGAUCCAUUCGCGCGCGUACACCGCGCGGGGGAGCGGCGGCCAGGCGAUCCGCCAGGCGAGCUCGAGCCGGCCGCGCGGCCUGCGGGCGCGCGCGGAGGCGGGGUCGGGGGCGCCCUCGGCGACGAGGGCGACACCCGCGUAGGAGUGGGCGAGGUGGAGGCGAGCGAGAUGCGGGAAGAAGGGGAGGGGAGGGAGGCGCGCCCAAUCGAGCGUGGCUUCGGGCUGGGAGGUGAGAUGGUCGAGCAGGGCAUGACAGAGGCGCCAGUCAGACCAGACGAUUGUGCAGAUAAAGGAGGGCGGGGGUGCCCGAGAGAAGGUGGAGGAGUUCUCGAAAGGGUUUGGGCUGAGCGCGCGGCUCUUCUUGAAGCGCAGAUGGAGAUGAGAUCCGCUACCCAGAGAGUGUGCCAUGAAAUCGUAUCCGUCAACACGCUCCUCGUCCUCAAACGCCAGCGCCUCUUCAUCCGAUAUGAAACAUACGCUUUCAAGCGUCGGGCUGAACAGGAAGGAGUCCAGGGUGGAGAGGGAAGUGGGGAUGAUUCUGUCGGGGUGCGCAGCGUCUGGUUGCCUCUGGUAAAGUUGCAAAUGGGAAACAGUGAGCUGUCGACCUUCCAGAUAUUGGACAGUGGCAGGGAGUAUCUCAUCGCUGAAUACGACGGAAAGAACGACAGGGGCGUCUCCGGCACGAUCGAGCAAGAAGGUGCUGAGCUUAGCGUGGGCUUCGAGAAUGACAGUGCGCCAGGAUCUACAGACGUGGAUGAGGCGAAAGAGAGGUCGAAUGUACUUGGAUUUGACGUCCAUCCAAGGGACUGUCGUAAGCCUCCGGAAGGAUGGGAGGAUAGCGGAGUCGGAAAGCAGAAUGUGACAGAUGAGAAGAAAGACAUCUUGUGGAAGUUGAUCGAACGUAGUGACCCCGGCGUCACAAACGAGGCUUUGAGAGGUGACUGGGUUCUACCGGCAAUUGUAAGGGUACAGUUACUUCGGCAAAAACAUAUCAUACCAUGUUGGAUCUACUGGAGGGAGGUCGGAUGA